AUGUUGCCAUGCUUUCCUUCCUGCCUCCUGCCUUUUGCUGGCUUUGCCUGCCUGCUUUUCCUGCCUGGGGGUCAUCUUUGCCCUGCUGUCUGUAGCUGCAUGGACUACCACACCAUAGACUGCCGGGAUCAAGGACUCCCAAGUGUUCCUAAUCCCUUUCCAUUGGAUGUACGGAAACUUCUCAUAGCUGAUAACAACAUUCAGGCGAUACCAGCUGACUUCUUUAUAUUUUAUGGAGAUCUAGUCUAUUUGGACUUCAGGAAUAACUCCCUCACCUCUUUAGAAGAGGGCACUUUUAGCAGUUCUACCAAACUGGUGUAUUUAGACUUAAGCUACAAUAAUUUAACACAGCUCGAUGCUGGGAUAUUCAAAUCAGCAGAGAAACUGAUAAAAUUGAGCCUUGGAAACAAUAACCUGGUGGAUGUGGACGAGGCUGCUUUUGAGAACCUGGACCAGCUCCAAGUGUUAGAAUUGAAUGACAAUAACUUACAGAGCCUAAACGUGGCAGCCCUGGAAGCGCUGCCCUCCCUGCGGACCAUCCGCUUGGAGGGCAACCCUUGGGUCUGUGACUGUGACUUUGCCAAUCUUUUCAGCUGGAUCCAGGACAAUGCAUCCAAGCUCCAGAAAGGUCUCCAUGAAAUCCAGUGCUCCCUGCCCGUGGAGAACAGAAGGAUCUUUCUGAAUGAGUUAUCUGAGGUCAGCUUUAGUGAAUGCAAAUUCAGUUUGUCAUUGACAGACCUUUUUAUCAUCAUUUUCUCUGGAGUUGCCGUGUCCAUUGCUGCAAUUCUCUCCAGCUUCUUCCUGGCCACGCUGGUGCACUGCUUCCAAAGGUGUGCUCCCAGCAAGGACGACGAUGACGAUGAGGAUGACAGUGAGGACUGAACUUGGUCCAAAUCCUUAAAUUUCCUUGCUUUAUCAAUUUCCAGAUCAUCAGCCAAAGUCUAUGAGGAAAAAAAAAAAAGUAGAGCAAAAGCUUUAAACAUGACUUAAACUCACAAUGUGUAAGGAUCCCUUCUAGGUCACAGGCGGGAAUGGCAGAGCUGAGACUUGAUUUCCAUGGUCCUUAAUCAAACAUUGCAUUUAAACUUGAAGAUUGAAGG